GUGAUCAAGACUCCACGGUCGGACUAGCACAUGUGUCUACCCAAACAAAUGGGGAAGUCUAAAGAUGAUGGCAAUUUUGCUAACAAAGAAGCCUACCAACGAAUAAAUUUCCUUUACCAGGCAGCUUACCUGUCUUUGACGAGGAGUCCAGCUGACCUGAGCCUCUGUAAAUUCUACAUAAACAUCAUGAAGACAAUCGCUAAACGACUGGUGCUGAGGCUACAUCCUAGUAUGAAGAGGAACUUCUGCAGGAGAUGUUGUGUACUGCUGGUCCCAGGCGUGUCUGCUACAGUCAGGACAACAGGAAAGCGUGAAAAACACACAGUCAUAACCUGUCUAGAAUGUAAAAAUAUAAAGAGGUAUCUGUGGCGUGAAAGUCAUAAGUUGUGGGCAGACCAUCCAGAGUUGUGGCUAAAGAGAGAGGAAUGUAUAUGAUGUUAGCCUGCAGCCAGCUGAAAUGCCUAAUGGCAGAAACCUUGAAAGUAGUGAACAAGGUUGUGUGACUUCAGGACAUUGAAGGCAGUACUAUACCUGUGGCCGAAGACACAACAGCCUCCAGGAUAUUGAAGACGAUAGACACAGCUGGUCACCGGGACCUUAAAGGCAUCAGACAUAACCAGCCUCAAAGUGAUAGACACUGCUAGUCACAGGAACAUUGAAGGCAAUAGGCAAAUUUAGACUUCAAGGACCUUAAAGGCUGCAGAUAUAACUGGUCCCCGAAGCACUGAAGCCAGUAGUUUUGUCUUACCUUUGUAGGCAGUAGACCUGGUAUGUUUUUUGGUCUUUGAAGGUGGAGGUUUACUUGAGUAGACACGGAUGUUUUGACAUACCCCAUAAGGCAUGGUGUGACAUACCUCUCCAUGUGGGCGACACGGUGGUUUGAAAUAUCCCCAGUACCCAGUAAGGAAUAGUGCGACAUAUACCCGGCAAGGUAGAGGACAAGGGGAGCAUAACUUUAUACCUUGUAAGGUGGUGGGAAAACUUAACACACAAAAUACAAGAUGGCCCUCAGGUGGCCACUUCACAUUUCUGCUCACUAUCUCAAAUAGGAGCAUGCACAACUAAUGACCGAGGAGAUCAUGGAUGACAAGCUUCAUCAUGAUUCCAGGAGGAGUUUCUAAGAAACAGUGGUAACAAAAAUUGUUUACAGACAGACAAAAUAACUGAUUGAUGGAUGUCGAAGCAAGGAUGAUGUCUAUCAUUUUAAUGAUGGUAGGCUGAAUAUGACAAACCUUUAUACCGUUCAGCACAGUAUCAGUGUGAAGGACGAGAUCAUACAUUAUGGUACAAGAUCAGUAAUGUUUGUAAUUAUUAAAUAUCACCACACUUGCAUUAGAGAAGUAUGAUUAGAAGGUCAAAGUCACAAGGUUAAAUAUGUUUGAAGCAUCAUUGAAAAUCAAAGGAGCUAUGCAUAUUGUGGAUUUGAUUUCUGAACACCUGAUAACCUGGUCUUAUGAAAUGAACUCUUAUUUACCUGCUUUUUAACAUUUGUUGCCAAAUUGACUCGGGAGAUCUAACCCGGAAAUGUUACAAAAUAUAGCAUCAGGUAUACAAAUAUCUAAGGUUAAAUGAAAGUUUUAAUGAAUUAAAACAAGAGUACUGCAGGGGGGUACAAUAUAUGUCCCUUGGGCAUUGCUCCCAUGUCAAUCUCACAUACUUAAAAUUCUUCUGAUGCAUUAUUGUAUCUUAAUGUAUGGAAAUGUAAGAAUAAACAACAUUCAUACUGUACUCAUUGAAGUUGAGAAUUAUUUCUGAAAUGUGGUGAAUGGAGAAAACAUACUGCACUUGACCAACUUCAGCUGGAGGAAUAUAUAUUUCAUAUCCUU